AUGGCGUGCGAGGAGGGGUACCCAGGGAGAGGGGUACCUACAGCGCACCGUUCCCAUGACAACCUCCCCGGAGACAGCAGCCGGGUGCGGCGGGGGAGGGGGGCGGCCCCGGGCGAUCACCCAACCCGGGCACACUGGAGGUGGCCGAGCCCCCAUGUCCCCACAGGUGCUCAGCAAAGCGCGACCGUGGCCAACCCGGUGUCCGGGGCGUCCCCGGACCUGCUGCCACACUUCCAGUUGGAGCCGGAGGACGUCUACAUCGUGAAGAAUAAGGCGGUGAGCCUGGCCUGCCGCGCCACCCCUGCCACCCAGAUCUACUUCAAGUGCAACGGCGAGUGGGUGCAUCAGGGUGACCACGUUACACAGCACAGCACCGACCGCGGCACCGGUCUGCCGGUGAUGGAGGUGCAUAUCGAGGUCACCCGCCAGCAAGUGGAGAAGAUCUUUGGGCUGGAGGAGUACUGGUGCCAGUGUGUGGCCUGGAGCUCCUCCGGCACCACCAAGAGCCAGAAAGCCUUUGUGCGCAUUGCCUAUCUACGCAAGAACUUCGAGCAGGAGCCGAUGGCCAGGGAGGUCUCCAUCGAGCAGGGCAUCGUGCUGCCAUGCCGCCCUCCCGAGGGCAUCCCCCCAGCCGAGGAGGAGUGGCUGGUGUACGAGGAGCUUGUGGACCCGGCGCUGGACGCCAACGUCUACGUGACGCCGGAGCACAGCCUGGUGUUGUAUCCGCCCUGCCCGGGGCACCGCUGCCACCCCCACCUGGACGGCGCCUGGACGGAGUGGAGCAAGUGGUCGGUGUGUGGGGCCGAGUGCACCCACUGGCGGAGCCGGGAGUGCUCGGAGCCAGCGCCGCGCAACGGGGGGCGGGAGUGCCAUGGCCCCGAGCUGGACAACCGCAACUGCACCUCCGAGCUCUGCAGCCAUGGUGAGCGUGGUGGGGACAGCGGGGGUUUCCCCCCCAGGAUGGCUGCAUGGGCCGUGUGCCUGGUGCUGCUGCUGCUGGUGGGGGUGCUGGUGUACUGCCGCAAGAAGGGGGGCCUGGACGCUGAUGUGGCCGACUCCUCCAUCCUCACUGCUGGCUUCCAGCCCGUCAGCAUCAAGCCCAGCAAGGCCGACAACCCCAGCCUGCUCACCAUCCAGCCCGACCUCAGCACCGCCACCAUGACCUACCAGGGCUCACUCUGCCCACGCCAGGAUGGCGGCCAACCGCCCAACGGGCACCUGCUGAGCCCGCUGGGCGCUGGGCGGCACACGCUGCACCACAGCUCGCCCGCCACUGAGGGCGCCGACUUCGUGGCCCGGCUCUCCACCCAGAGCUACUUUCGCUCCCUGCCCCGCGGCACCACCAACAUGGCCUACGGCACCUUCAACUUCUUGGGGGGGCGGCUCAUGAUCCCCAACACAGGGAUCAGCCUGCUCAUCCCACCCGAUGCCAUCCCACGGGGGAAGAUCUAUGAAGUCUACCUGACCCUGCACAAGCAGGAGGAGAAGCAGUCCUGCGAGGGCACGUGGGAGGACGUGCUGCAGCUGGGUGCUGAGCCGUGCACGGAGCUGUACUACUGCCAGCUGGAAGCGCAGGCAUGCUACAUCUUCACGGAGCAGCUGGGGCGCUUCGCCCUGGUCGGGGAGUCCCUCAGCAUGGCGGCCUCCAAGCGCCUCAAGCUGGUCCUGUUCGCGCCGGCCGCCUGCCCCUCACUGGAGUACAACAUCCGCGUCUACUGCCUCAGUGACACCCAGGACGUCCUCAAGGAGGGGAUGCAGCUGGAGAAGCAGCUGGGGGGGCAGCUGAUUGGAGCCCCCCGGGUGCUGCACUUCAAGGACAGCUACCACAACCUGCGCCUCUCCAUCCACGACAUGCCCAGCUCCCUCUGGAAGAGCAAGCUCCUCGCCAGCUACCAGGAGAUCCCCUUCUACCACAUCUGGAGUGGGCUGCAGCCCUUCCUGCACUGCACCUUCACCCUGGAGCGCCUGAGCCCCAGCACCUGCGAGCUGGCCUGCAAGAUCUGGGUCUGGCAGGUGGAGGGUGAUGGGCAGAGCUUCACUGUCAACUUCAACAUCGCCAAGGACACGAGGUUUUCGGACUGGCUGGUCCCUGACAGCGAGGUGGGUGCCCCGGCCCUGGUGGGACCCAGUGCCUUCAAGAUCCCCUUCCUCAUCCGCCAGAAGAUCAUCAGCAGCCUGGACCCACCAGGCACCCGGGGAGCUGACUGGAGGACGCUGGCCCAGAAGCUCAACCUUGACAGCCAUCUUAGCUUCUUCGCCUCGAAGUCCAGCCCCACGGCCAUGAUCCUCAACCUGUGGGAAGCACGGCACUUCCCCAACGGCAACCUCUCGCAGCUGGCCGCCGCCGUGGCCGAGGUGGGCAAACAGGACGGUGCCCUCUUUGCCGUCUCCGAGGCCGAGUGCUGA